AUGGCUCCCACCAAGAUCACCACCCUGCUCUUUGACUGCGAUAACACGCUCGUUCUCUCUGAAGAGCUCGCCUUCGAAGCAUGUGCCGAACUCGCCAACGAGAUCCUCGAGGCCAAAAACAUCCCCGAUCGUUACACCGGCCCCCAGCUCCUCAAUGAGUUCGUUGGCCAGAACUUCCGGGGGAUGAUGGUCUCCCUAAAGGCGAAAUACAAGUAUGAGAUGGACGACGACGAGCUGAACCGCUACGUCUUGAAGGAGGAGGACAAGGUCAUCGCCAAACUGAAGGCUGAGCUCCGACCCUGUGUGGGUGUCGACGCCGAGUUGGAAAAGCUCGAGGCUCACAGGAAGUAUCAUCUCGCAGUGGUGAGCUCCAGCGCCCUGAGACGUGUGCAAGCGUCGGUGGAGAAGGUUGGCCACGCCAAGUAUUUCCAGGACACUCAUGUCUUCUCUGCCGCGACCUCUCUGCCAAAGCCCACCUCGAAGCCAGAUCCCGCCGUCUACAUCCACGCAAUGGAGGUCCUUGGCAAGAAGGCUGAGGAGUGUGUUGCCGUUGAGGAUAGCAAGUCCGGCGCCACUGCUGCGUUCCGUGCGCACAUCAAGACCAUCGGCUACGUGGGCAGCUACGAGCCCGAGAAGCAGGCUGAAAUGAGACAGGUGCUUAAGGAUGCCGGCUGCUGCGUCGUCAUGGACGACUGGAAGGAGUUUGAGGGCUGCAUGGAGAAGAUCGAGGCCGGCGAAGUCUAG